AUGGAUAUUCGUACAAUCAUGGAUGAUUCCUCACAACAGCCACAAACGUCGACCAGAGAGUCAAGUGCAACAACAUCUAACAAUGUGGAACACUCGGAGCGGCAUGUACCAUCUAAUCAAAACACACUGUUGGCCAAUUCGGCGGCACUACAAUCUCCACAGCCCGAUCCACCACUGUCUAAUGCAAACGAUAAGACCAGUAACGAAGGCUCAACGGAAUCGCCAUCGCCAAUGCCAAUGUCCCACUACCCAAAUACACAGCACCGACAUUUCAACAUUGAUGAAACUAGCAAUAGUUACAUUUCCGACCAUGAUCCGCAUAACCCAAACAAGCCAAAGAGACAGAGACGGAGUUACAGUUGUGGGCCAUGCAAGAUGUUGAAAAUUAAGUGCGAUUUGCAGAUCCCUUGCACUUCAUGCAAGAAGUUCAAACGUGUUAAUAGAUGCCUAUUGCAACCACCGCAACCUCCAUCACAAGAGGAGCUUAGCAAGAUUAAAGAACGAAAGAAAAGAACGAUGCACAAACGGUUGAAAACUUCGAAUGAUAUUGUGCACGCAUUUAAUGACAACCAAAACUCAAUUCCGUCAUUACUUUCAUCGAUUCAGUCAAGCAAAAUUCUUAUGGAACAACAGCUGAGAUCAUAUUUGGACCAAGGCGUACAGCAACAGCUGCAACGACAAGGGGGUAGUGAAAACUUUACCUUGGCGCACAUACGCCAAUCCCAUUUUUCCAACUUGCAACCCGAAACAAAUAAUGGUAUGUCCCAUCACCCCAUCUCGCACAUUACGUCAAAUUUUGAUGUCGAAACAAGGCCAUCGGUCGAGAAUAAACAGCCACAGGGUGAUUUGAUUGAAACUUUGCUUGCAAAGGAUUAUCAAAAGAAUAUUGAGCUAAGCAUGGUGGAUGUCAAAAGGAUUAAAAGACUAUUGCCCAGCAAAUUUGAAGCUAUUGAGCAUAUUUAUCAGUUAUACUUAAACACCAUCAACUCAGUAUUUUUGGACAUCCAGGAUCACGACGAGAUUAUGCGAGUGGGACGGGCCGUCUACGAAAAAUUAGUUUCAAUUGACGAUGACAAUGUCAAGAAUUUGAGCAAAAGCGUUGAAUUUAAUGUGGUAGAAUUGAGGAAUUUAUCUCUAGUUUUCCUCAUCCUUGCUAGUGGAUUUGUGUUUGAGAGACAGGAGAAUAUACCAUGUAAUUUUCUUUUCGAUUUGAGAACAGUUUAUAAACACGAUUUGAUUCAGGAUUGGGUCAAAAUUGCAAAGUUUAUCAAACUAAAGCUAUUGUCCUAUGAGUCAUUGACAGACUUGAUUUAUUUGAUGGAUUGGUACUUUAUUAUAAAAAAUUUGUACACCUAUGACAAUGUUAUUAUUGAGAAUUAUUUGGAGUUCAACAACUUGUUGAAUUAUCUCGUGUUGAACAAUGAUUUUGUUGCUUUGAUUGAGGACGUUAACGCGGAGGUACAGGGUCCCGAAGAUAGUCCGCAACCUCCUCUGCUGGAGGUUAGGAAGAGAAGUUACCCUAGAACUCGAGAGUUUCGAUUAUUAGGCAAAUAUUGGAUCCAAAUACGGAUGAUUGAAUUGGAAUUUACAUUCUUCCAAUACAAGGGUUCAAUGUUGGUUUCCAAUCAAUUAAAGAACUCUAUCGUCCCUCAUGCUGACGUAUUGAAUAGCAUGUAUGGCCCUAAGGGGGCUUUUGCUAAUUCUCCGUUGACAAGACACCAAAUUGCCAUUUGGAGUCUUUAUUACACGAGGUCGGGUCAAUCCACAUCAAUAAGACGUAUAGUCAAGGACUACUUGAGUUUGUACAGCAAUGCGUCAAUAUUAUUGAGAGAUGACUUGAAGCGAGUGGAAGAGAAGUUUUGUGAUGUGGUAGAAGGAGUUUCGGAGCCGCAGGUGACAAAAACGGAUGUGGAGACUUUACUCAAAAACCAACAAAUUUUGCUCUUGUUUGUUAGGUGGCUAUCGUUCAUUCGAAUUGAGUCCAGCUACUUUCCGAGUUUGAGAUACUCGUCGUUUUUGACAACCAUGAUGAAUUUGAAUAAUCAUUUCAAUCUACUUGAUAAAUUUUACAAGGGCAAAGGAGCAGGGGACAAUUUGGUUGACUUUAUACUUGAAAACUUUUCGUUACACUUCAUAAAGGCAUUCUUGCAAUGCUUGACGUAUCAGUCAUUGUUUUUGAUAUUUUUGAAGUACGUGCUUCUUCAAAAGACAAGAGAGAACAACGUUACCUACAAGAUUCGUUUAGACAAAGUUUAUCGUGAAACUCUUGAAUCAUUUCAAAUGACAUUGAAUAAGUUUAUUGUUAGCCCUGCAAUGAAGGGAUACUACACGUACAUCCCCGUGUUUCGCGUUAAUGUCGAUUUUUUGAUUGACGCCAACCAUGUUCUCAAUGAAGAACCAACUACAGUACAAAGACAACUGGAUGGUAACUCACAAAAUCAUAAACCUCCAUUUGAAUUCAAGGAUUUGACUGACUUGCUUUACCAUUUGAAAAAUGAGUGCGAUUCGGAACAUUGGAAGUAUAUCACCGAUGUAUAUUUCGGUUCAAGAGAUAAUUUUUUCAGAUACGUGGAAAAAGUGUGGGAUUUGUUUCAAUUUUUAUUGAGCAAUGCUGCAACACCUGGAGAGGGGCCUGGAGCACAAUUGACUAGGGACAUGGUAAUCACAAACACUUUAAAGUUCAAUGAUGCAUUUGUCGACCAGCAUAAAGAUAAAUUGAUGGGAUUGGUGUUUGACCUUAAUGAUGUUGAAGAAUACAUAAAGCUUAAUGUUGAACCUAAUAUUGAUGAUUAG